CUGUCUCCAAAACUUUGAAUCGCUCUUCUCUCCCCGUACUCAUCGAGUUGCUUCGUGUGAUAUCCGUGCUCCCGACCCUGACGACAGACCAACCUCCGGAGCCUGCCCAUUCUCUUGAUCCAUUGGAACCCCAUUCUUCAAGCCCCUCGCCUUUCCAAACGCAAGUUUUGAUUCAAGAUGUCUCCGCCCGUUGCUUCUAAGCAGGAGAGGGAGUCGAACACCGCGCGACUCUUGGGUUCCGGCUCCGCUGGUAUCGCCGAGUUGGCCGUCUUUCACCCUGUCGACACCAUUGCGAAGCGCUUGAUGAGCAACCAGAGCAAGAUUGCCGGCAUCGACCAGCUCAACCAAGUUAUCUUCAAGGACAAGGCCACUGCGACCGCCGGCCGCAAGUUCUUCUCUCUCUUCCCCGGCCUGGGCUACGCCGCCGGGUACAAGGUCCUCCAGAGAAUAUACAAGUACGGAGGCCAGCCCGUCGCCAGAGACUUCCUUGCCAAGAACUAUGGCGAGGAUUUUGAGCGCGCCUUCGGCAAGAAGACUGGCAAGGCCAUCAUGCACUCCACCGCCGGCAGUUUGAUCGGUAUCGGAGAGAUCGUUCUCCUUCCCUUGGACGUCCUCAAGAUCAAGAGACAGACGAACCCCGAGGCCUUCCGCGGCCGCGGUGUCUUCAGGAUCGUCGCCGACGAGGGCUUUGGUCUUUACAGAGGAUGGGGCUGGACUGCCGCCCGUAACGCUCCUGGAUCAUUCGCUCUGUUUGGUGGUUCCGCCUUCACGAAAGAGUAUCUCUUCAAGCUGGACGACUACAACAAGGCCUCGUGGUUCCAAAACUUCAUCGCCUCCAUCGCUGGAGCCUCCGCCUCCCUCCUCGUCUCCGCUCCCCUCGACGUCAUCAAGACCCGCAUCCAGAACCGCAACUUUGAGAACCCCGAGAGCGGCUUCAGGAUCAUUUCCAACAUGAUGAAGAACGAGGGUGCCUCCGCUUUCUUCAAGGGACUUGUUCCCAAGCUGUUGAUGACCGGCCCCAAGCUGGUGUUCUCCUUCUGGCUUGCGCAGACACUCAUUCCCGCGUUCGAUGGUAUGCUUAAAUAAAUUAAAAGAGCCUGGAUUAUGAAGGCAAUGGCGUUGGGUUGAUAGACGCGGAGUCUUGGGGACUGAACCUGAUAGACGGUUGGGUACUGCAAAGACCCGACAAACGGGUUAUAGACAAAGAUAAGAAGCAAGGUGUUUCGGCUGUCACCCCAAAAGAAGGUGAGAUAAUGUACAACAAAGUAGGAUCCGUUCUGAUGAGACAAAUCGCCUCUGUUUUUAAUACACUCAUAUAUAC